GUGCCCUGAGAGCGGCGGCGGCGAAGACCCGGCGGCGCGGGCUGCGUGCCGCUACCGCUGCCAUGGGCAAGAGAGACCGCGAUAAGAAGAAGGCCAAGAAGCGGCACUACGAGGAUGAAGAAGAAGACGAAGACGACGUCCCCGGGAACGACUCUCAGGAGGCCGUGCCCUCGGCGGCCGGGAAGCAGGUGGAUGAGUCCGGCACCAAAGUGGAUGAAUACGGAGCCAAGGACUACAGGCUGCAGAUGCCCCUGAAGGACGACCACACCUCGAGGCCUCUCUGGGUGGCUCCUGAUGGCCACAUCUUCUUGGAAGCCUUCUCUCCAGUUUACAAAUAUGCUCAAGACUUCCUGGUGGCGAUUGCAGAACCAGUGUGCCGACCAACCCAUGUGCAUGAAUACAAAUUAACGGCCUACUCCCUGUAUGCAGCUGUCAGUGUUGGGUUGCAAACUAGUGACAUCACCGAGUACCUCAGGAAGCUCAGCAAGACAGGUGUCCCUGAUGGAAUUAUUCAGUUUAUUAAGUUGUGUACUGUCAGCUAUGGAAAAGUCAAGCUGGUCCUGAAGCACAACAGGUACUUUGUUGAAAGCUCCCACCCUGAUGUCAUCCAGCAUCUUCUACAGGAUCCAGUGAUCCGGGAAUGCCGCCUGCGGAACUCUGAGGGGGAGGCUACCGAGCUCAUCACAGAGACCUUCAUGAGCAAGUCUGCUAUUGCUAAGACUGCUGAAGCCAGUGGUGGGCCUUCUACUUCCCGGGUGACAGACCCACAGGGUAAAUCUGACAUCCCCACGGACCUUUUUGACUUUUAUGAACAAAUGGACAAGGAUGAAGAAGAAGAGGAAGAGACCCAGACAGUAUCUUUUGAAGUCAAGCAGGAAAUGAUUGAGGAACUCCAGAAACGUUGCAUCCACUUGGAGUAUCCUCUGUUGGCAGAAUAUGACUUCCGGAAUGAUUCUGUUAACCCCGAUAUCAACAUUGACCUGAAACCCACAGCUGUACUUAGACCUUACCAGGAGAAGAGCUUGCGGAAGAUGUUUGGGAACGGACGUGCCCGUUCAGGGGUCAUUGUCCUUCCUUGUGGUGCUGGGAAGUCCCUGGUUGGCGUGACAGCUGCAUGCACUGUGAGAAAGCGCUGUCUGGUGCUGGGCAACUCUGCUGUGUCUGUGGAACAGUGGAAAGCCCAGUUCAAGAUGUGGUCCACGAUCGACGACAGCCAGAUCUGCCGUUUCACCUCUGAUGCCAAGGACAAGCCCAUAGGCUGCUCCAUUGCCAUUAGCACCUACUCCAUGCUGGGCCACACCACCAAAAGGUCCUGGGAGGCUGAGCGUGUCAUGGAGUGGCUCAAAACUCAGGAGUGGGGCCUCAUGAUCCUGGAUGAAGUACACACCAUACCAGCCAAGAUGUUCCGCCGGGUGCUCACCAUCGUGCAGGCCCACUGCAAGCUGGGUUUGACUGCAACCCUAGUCCGGGAGGAUGACAAAAUCGUCGAUUUAAAUUUUCUGAUUGGGCCCAAGCUCUACGAAGCCAACUGGAUGGAGCUGCAAAACAAUGGCUACAUCGCCAAAGUGCAGUGCGCUGAGGUUUGGUGCCCAAUGUCUCCUGAGUUUUACCGGGAGUAUGUGGCAAUCAAAACCAAGAAACGAAUCUUGCUGUACACCAUGAACCCUAACAAAUUCAGAGCUUGCCAGUUUCUGAUCAAGUUUCACGAAAGGAGGAAUGACAAGAUUAUUGUCUUUGCAGACAAUGUGUUUGCCCUGAAGGAAUACGCCAUUAGACUGAACAAACCCUAUAUCUAUGGUCCUACAUCCCAAGGAGAGAGGAUGCAGAUUCUCCAGAAUUUCAAGCAUAACCCCAAAAUCAACACCAUCUUCAUAUCCAAGGUGGGCGACACAUCGUUUGAUCUGCCAGAAGCAAAUGUUCUCAUUCAGAUCUCAUCUCACGGUGGCUCCCGGCGGCAGGAAGCCCAAAGGCUGGGGCGAGUGCUCCGAGCCAAAAAAGGGAUGGUUGCUGAGGAGUAUAAUGCCUUCUUCUACUCGUUGGUAUCCCAGGACACACAGGAAAUGGCUUAUUCGACCAAGCGGCAGAGAUUCCUGGUAGAUCAGGGUUAUAGCUUUAAGGUGAUCACAAAGCUGGCGGGCAUGGAGGACGAAGAGCUGGCAUUCUCCACGAGGGAAGAGCAGCAGCAGCUCUUGCAGAAGGUCCUCGCGGCCACUGACUUGGAUGCUGAGGAAGAGGUGGUGGCAGGGGAGUUUGGCUCCAAAUCCAGCCAGGUGUCUCGGCGUUUUGGCACAAUGAGCUCCAUGUCUGGAGCUGAUGACACCGUGUACAUGGAGUACCACUCGGCCCGGAGCAAGGCUUCCACAAAGCAUGUGCAUCCGCUUUUCAAACGCUUCCGGAAAUGACAUCCAUAGGGUCACAGUGAAGGCUGAGUGCUCGGCACCAGCAUUGGGUAGGGAUUUUCCAUAUCCACGUUCUUUCCUGUAGCAUCGCCCAGGCUGAGCUAGAUUCAGAGUUUGUUAACUGUGUUGAAAAACAUGCAUCGAGACCUUGGUUUUGUCUUCAUGGGUUGUCUAGGGCUUAAAAAUGUUCAGAGACUAUAUUUUGGGGUUUUUUUCAGACCGCUUUUUAAUCAUGGGGACUGGCCAUUCCUGUAUAUAAAUAUUUGUAAUAUUUAAGAUGUAUUUUAUCUUAGUGUUCUGAAUAAACAGAAAUGGAACAUUUGA